CAGACGGAGCACCAACCAACCCUUCUCCAUGGCCGGAGCAAUGCAGCCCUCAUGGCUGCUCGCCUUCCUCCUCCUGCUGCUCUACAGACCACCAGGAGAGGCCAGGGACAGCGAUCAGCUGGCACAGCCUCGCAUCAAGUCAGACGACGGUCACCUCGUGUUCACCACGGGGGACAACAAAGACAUCCGCUUCCAGCCGUCCUCCUCCGGCCGGGUCAAGGUGGGAGAUGAAGACCUCAUCCAGCUGCUCAGCCAGGUUAAGGUCAAUACAGAGGACAUUGAUGACAUCAAGGCUCAUGGAGGAGAAAUCCCGCCUGAAAUCACCAACAGCCUCAACCAGCUCAACAGCAAGGUAACGAGAAGAAUCUGCAAAAGACUGUAA